UAAUAAACAAAAAAUAGUAUUAAAGUCGACGCAUCACCCAUUACCGCAUUGUUCCAUGCUUUGAGCAACUUUCAUCAUCAGCGUCUUCUCUUUUUCUCAGUUUCUCCUUUUUUUUUAAAGGUGCUGCAAGCAUACGUGUGAUUUUCUGGCACAAGAAGGAAAAAGAAAAAAAAAAACAACGUGGAAUCGCAACGAGAUAAGGUGAAACACCAACGUUGUGAGGUGUGAACAAAGUGGGCUCUGUUAUCAAUAUCAUCGUAAUCUCUUUCUCUGUUCACGCAAAACUUGUUUUUCCUUUUUACUUGUUCCUGUUUUGUGGGAGUGGUCUUACCUAUUCGGGGGUAAUUGAAACUUUUUAGUGGGGUUUAUUGGUCUGAAGCUUGUUGGAGUUGGGAGUAGUUGAAGAUGAGAAACGUGCUUCGUUCUCUGCGACAUUUGCGACCAGCCUUUCAGAGGCAAGAUUGUGUAUUGAUCAGUGUUAAUGUUGCAGAAGAACCUCCAUGUCACAUUGGAAAGAGCUGUCAUAUCCAUAGUUCAGCUUUCAGAGUUGUUGAUCAUGCUGAGACCAACUUUAAAAACCAUUUGUUUACAACAACCACGAAACCUCUCUCAAAUGAUGCUGCAAAACUCACAAAUAGAGAAACAAGCAAAGCUGGGCCUCUUGUUGAGUAUGAACGAAGAAUUGAUAAUGGUGAACUUGUUGAAGGCGAUGCUUGCCAGGUAGACACUCUGACAGAACUUCAGAGACUGUAUGAUGAGCUUGUUGAGUCUGCUGACACCUGCCAAUUGGACCGCAACUCUGAAAAACCUGUAAGGAGUGGGUGGCUGUGGUCUCGUCUCUUGUCACAUCCUUCUUACUCACCUGUAAAAGGUUUAUAUCUUUAUGGAGGAGUGGGUACCGGUAAAACUAUGCUGAUGGACCUGUUUUUUGAUCAAUUGCCUUCUAAUUGGAGGAAAAAGAGGAUUCAUUUUCAUGACUUUAUGUUGAAUGUGCAUAGCAUGUUACAAAAGCAUAAGGGGUUGUCAGAUCCACUUGAUGUGGUUGCAGGGGAGAUUUCUGAUGAUGCAAUUUUAUUAUGUCUUGACGAAUUUAUGGUAACAGAUGUAGCAGAUGCAUUGGUACUAAAUCGCUUGUUUAGACAUUUGUUCAACAAAGGCAUUAUUCUAGUGGCCACAUCAAAUCGUGCACCAGAUAACCUAUAUGAGGGUGGAUUGCAGAGGGAUCUCUUUCUACCCUUCAUUGCAGCAUUGAAGGAAAGGUGUGUUGUACAUGAGAUUGGUUCAUCAGUUGACUACCGCAAAAUGGCAUCGGGUGAGCAAGGAUUCUAUUUGGUUGGCACUGAUUUAUCUGGCUUUCUUAAGCAGAAGUUUCAACAGUUGAUUGGAGAAGGAACAGCUACCCCCCAAGAAGUAGAAGUAGUAAUGGGAAGGACACUGCAUGUUCCAUUGGGAGCUAACGGAUGUGCCUAUUUUCCUUUUGAGGAACUUUGUGAGAGACCUGUUGGGGCUGCAGACUAUUUUGGGCUAUUCAGGAAGUUUCAUACGCUAGCCUUGGAUGGCAUUCCAAUUUUUGGGCUUCACAAUAAAUCAGCUGCACAUAGGUUUGUCACUUUAGUUGAUGUGAUGUAUGAGAACAAAGCCAGACUAUUAUGUACUGCUGAAGGGAGCCCUCAAGAUCUCUUUGAAAAAAUAUUAACAAUAUCUGAGGCUAAAAAUAUGGCACCCCGAACCUCUUCAAGAUCGAGGAAAAAUGAUGAUUCUAACCUUUGCGUGGACAAUGAAUUGGGGUUUGCAAAAGACCGCACCAUUAGUAGACUGACAGAGAUUAACAGCAAGGAAUACUUACAGCACCAUGCUGCCAUGUUAGCAGAAAAGAAAGAAAGAGUGGAUCAGAAUGCCGUUGAAGCUUGAAGAAAGGAUCCAAAACCUCGUAUCACAGUUCGGUUGCUAUUGUUGUAGCACAGAGUGAAAGUGGGGUAAAAUGAGUAAUUAUUGUGAACAACCAAAAAUUUCAAAUAAAAAACCAUCCAUCGGCAGAGCAUUAGAUUUGGCUCAAUUUGGCUCCUAUUGUUGUACCAUAGAGUGAAAGUGGGGCAAAAUGAAUAAUAUUGUGAACAACCAAAAUUUCAAACAAAAAAACAUCCAUCUUCAGAGCAUUAGAUUUGACACCAGCUCAGGGAGAGAUGUGUUAGAUAGCAUCAAAUAUUUAUUAGUGUUUGCAAAAAUAUUGUAUAAUUGAUUUGAUGUAAUGCAAAAAUUCAAACAAUUUAAAUAGAAUGUAGGUCUUUUAACUGCAUUUAUUGUUGAUAAA